UUUAUUCUUUGAAGGUAUUUGGAUUUUAGAACUUGCGUCAUGCUUACAAACCAAAAUGUUCAAAUUCAAAACCAGUUAAUCAAAAACUUUUUAAUAUUUGUUUGCUCUUCAAGUUUUAAACAACAACUGUUUGCUUGCUCGUGAGCUAUGUCUUAUCACUAUUGAUAAUCUAUUAGUUUUUUACACACAGUUUCUAAAAGGAUCUAUGUGUAUACGUAAAACUUGAAGUGAGCUAGUGAAUCAACGAUGGACAUAGACUCGUCUGAUACAGAAGAAAUAGUAGAAGAAAGCUACAUUCAAGUCACGAUGGACAACCCCCAAGAGCUCAACAUGUUAAACAUCAACAGUAACGUACGUGUCGUCGGAAUAGAUACAGAGUCUCCAGUUCUACAAGUUCAAAACAAAGAAUGGAAAUGCGUACAUGGCACGGCUUUGUUUUUUGAACAACUCAAAGAGAAACAAAUUAUCGACCCGUUGUACGACAACAGAUGUGGUGUUCAGUUAAAAUACAUCGGUUCCACUUGCAAGUGCUUGGAAAUGACGAAAAUAGAAAUUCCUACCGAACCGUCUACGAGUAGCUAAGACAAGAGUAAAAACGUAUUUCUACAACAUAUCUGUAAGUCUUAACUACACUGUAUCACUUCUAUUAUUAACUAAUUGAACAAACAUUGUCAUUCCCAAUAUUUUCAAAUAGAAACUGUUUUAAUAAUGUAUAUAUAUUAUUAAUGGUUAUUGAUUUUUUAUUCAUUAAAUAUACGUUACAAAAUAUUAUAC